GAGACGUCCAAACACGGUGUUGGCGAUUUUAUCGUCGAAAAUAGGUGCUGUGGUUCGAUAGGCGCCCUCGGCUUUCUUUGGUGGAGCAGGGAUGCGUGCCCCCACGUUCCGGUCGCGUGGUGGGGCGUACCCCGCGUCUUUGGCUUUUGAAAAUGGGUGUUCCGCUGCGGGAUGCACUGGUGGGUCCUUCUGGCGCGUUGCUGCGGGUCCCGGUGCGUUUUUAUCGAUUCCCGGGGCGCUCGUUGCUGACAAAUUCGGGCGGACGGUCUGUUCGGGCUCCUCGACUGGUUCGGACAAACGCCCCGCACCUAGGGCUGCGCGCGCUUGUGCCCUGCGUGAAGCUCGACGCGAUUUUCGGUCCGGAAUUGGAGCUGAGGAAAUGCGUGGAGAUUUCAGCUGUAUUCUGCGACGCCGCCAUUUGUCCUGGGUUCUGGCGAUGCCAUUCUUCGAUCCGUGCACGCAGAUUGGUGCCCUGUCGCAGACAAUACCGCGCAGUGGAGAUACGACCAGUAGCGAUCACCUAUAGAGACAGAGUCUCAGCGAGUGUAGAAGACACAGA